CAAAUUCACAACCCAUAUUCUCUCUCAAAAAACUCUCCAGUCUCUGAUUAAUAUUUUUCUUCUUUCAAUUCGAAAAGAAAAUGAAGACCACAAUUCAAGAACAAGUUAUUCUUGGAAUUCAAAUGAAGUCAUUGGGUCUUGCAAGAGCUAGAUUAUUGGGUGAUCCUUCGAAGCAUCUCCAUAUAUCUUCUUCAGAUGAUGGAUCUCAAUCAAUUAAAAAAUAUAAUGGAAAAGAUUGGGUCUUGAAUAGACUCAACAAAAACGGCAAAAAAACCGACAAUAUCAUCCAUGCUCUCCGAGAACAUGUGAAAUUAGGAGCCAAGAUAUCAGAAACUGUAAAGGGAAAGUUGAGUUUAGGAGCAAGAAUUUUAAGAGUUGGUGGGCUGAGAAAAAUCUACAAGAAAUUAUUUUCAAUGACUGAAGGAGAGAAGCUUAUAAAGGCUUCACAGUGCUAUUUAUCAACAACAGCUGGGCCUUUGGCUGGCCUUCUCUUCAUUUCCUCUCAUAAAAUUGCUUUCUGUAGUGACAAAUCCAUCAAACUCUCUUCCCAAAAUGGAGAUCAUAUCAGAAUUCAUUAUAAAGUUACAAUUCCACUAGGGAAAAUCAAAACAGUUUUCCAAAGUGAAAAUGUGAAGAAUCCAUCAGAGAAGUAUAUGGAGAUAGUGACAGUAGAUGAUUUUGAGUUUUGGUUCAUGGGAUUUUUGAAUUAUCACAAGUCUUUCAAUUGUAUUCAAGAAGCACUUUCUUCUCAAACUUAAUUAGACAAAUUGAAGAUAUAUGUUGUAUAUUUAAUUAGCACAAUUUUUUUGAAGCAAAUUCAAUAUUAUUAUUUAAAUUUGCCUUCAAAAAAAUCCAACUUCUAAAAUGGAUUAUUGUAUUCAGAUCAUGUGUGUGUAUUGGGGUGCAAGUUUGAGGAUCAUCACAAAAUUAGAUGUCAACAAAAGUUGGAAGUUUUGUACAAAUUUUAAGUUUUAAUGAG